AAAGGAGGGAUUUUGGUUGGAUUUGUAGCGUAAAUUGGUUGGGAACCUUCCACCUUUAUACUUUGUGAGAGGCCCUUCUCUUUUGUUUUCUUCACUCUUAAUUCAUAUGAUCUCUCAUCUAAAUGUUUAAUACUAAUCUUACCAUUUUUGUUGGAUUAUAGAAAAAAAUCCAUCACAUCAAUUGUCAAGUUGUUCGAAGCCAAUCAAAUUAACUAUGGAAACGUAAUGCUUGACUGCAUUCUGCUUUUUGUUUCCAGGCUCCUAGUUUGUGGUUUAUAGUUUGCAAUAGUAAUAGUAGAGGUAGAUGAUUCUCCAACUGGGCAACUCCCAAUCAUCACAAAUAUUCAUUCAUUGAAGCCAAAAGGCAAAAAACCAAAAAAGAAAAACGAUUGAUUGGAAUUGCUCAAGCAUCGUUGUUCAUUCGCUCCUAAUUUUGAUUUCCUAAGAUAUUUUCCCAAUUUCCCACUUCUCACACCCACUCCUUUUCUUCCUUUUCACCUUACUCACUCCCACACACACACAGUUUGCUUCUAAAAGACAAAACAUUACUAUUAAUCAACUUUACAUUCAAUACUCUUCCACCUUCUCCUAGUAAUUUUUAGAAUUUUUAAAGCUUUUUCUGUUCUCGGUUCCUGUCUUUUGCUUUUUUUCUUUGAUAUUUUCAGUCUGCGAAUUCUUCAAACUUCUUUCAAAUAUAUUACUACCCACAUGGGAUUGGUUCCAACCGCGAAACCCAGAAUCGCAGGUCUUAAAAAACAACGCCAACAACGACGAAGAUGGAUUCUAAAUUGGGUUUAAUCCAACAAUCUUUCAAUACCCGUUACUCCCAAUGGGUUCGCGAAGCUCUCGACGAACUACCCGACAAUUUCACCAUCACCGAUCCUUCUAUUUCAGGCCACCCUAUCGUUUUUGCCAGCCGGGGCUUCCUAAAAAUGUCGGGUUAUUCCCUAGAAGAAGUGAUCGGCCAAAACGGCAAGAUAUUUCAGGGCCCCAAAACCAAUCGGAGAACGGCGAUGGAAAUAAGCGAAGCGAUUCGACAAGAGAGGGAUGUUCAAGUGAAUUUGGUGAAUUAUCGUAAAGACGGGACGCCGUUUUGGAUGUUGUUUCAUAUGAGUCCGGUUUUUGGCAAAGAAGAUGGGAGGGUGAUUCAUUUCGUGGCUGUUCAGGUCCCGAUUACCAGGAAACCCAGGAGGAACGGAGGGGUGAACUUGAAUGAGGAUGGCUCGGGCUUUAAUGAGAUUAUGUUCGGCUCUUGUAGGAAGGAAGUGGAUACCAAUCCUGUGCUGGAAUUGGGUCGUGUUUUGUCCUUGGAUUCCGCUACUAAUGUAUUAGAUAUUGAAGAGACAUGCGAGGCAAGUGAUUUUGAGAAGCGAAUGGCAGUGAAUGCAUUUAACAGCAUCUUGUCUGUGCUAACCAACUAUAGUGAGUCAACUGGCAGAUUGGUCUGUGGGACGAGAUGCAGUGUACCUGGGGUAUGCUACGUCAGUUCAUCAUUAAAUAUAUCACUUGGUAGAAUCAAACAAAGCUUUGUACUAAUUGAUUCACAUUUACCCGGGAUGCCUAUAGUUUAUGCAAGUGACGCCUUCUUAAAAUUGACAGGCUAUGAUAGGCAUGAAAUAUUGGGGCUUAAUUUUGCAGUUUUGAAUGGCGCUGAUACAGAUACUUCAACUUUACAUCAGAUAAAGGAAAGUAUUCAAACAGAGCAAGCAUGCACAGUACGUAUUUUAAGUUACAGGAAGGACAAAAGCUCAUUUUGGAAUUGCCUUCACUUAUCACCUGUUCGUAAUGCCUUUGGCAAGGUAUUGCUGAAAGUUGAUCGAGGUUGGGAAAUUGGGGUAUGGGCUAAAACUCAGUUAUUGUCGAUAAUCAAGGUAGCUUACUUUGUGGGGGUUCAGAUUGAGGAAGAGUGUAAGAACAAGGAGAGACAUGGGCUGAGCCCAGAGAUGAGGCAACUUAGCACUGUAGGUGCAGUGAAGGUUGCAGUGAGGAGCUUAUCAAUGGCUGCUGGUUCCUCUAAGUCAUAGACGGCUUGAAUAUUCUUAGCAGCUGUUAUUUAUCACUCACCAAACACGUGAAUCCAAUCUUACAAGCUUGGAAUCUCAUACCGGUGUAGAUUACUGUAUGUAAUCUCACCGAAAUCACAAAUGUAAAAGGAAAAGGAAUAAUAAUGGAGAGAUUGUUUCAGGGGUUCACUGGUAUGUAGCAUUGUUUAUAUAGAAAAUGUAUCAAUUAUGUUCUCUUUUUGGUAAAUAA